AUGGAAACUAAGGUGGGACGGAUUCACGCAGAGCGUCUUCGUGUCAAACUUGGUUUCGAAGGUUUGUUUUACGUUGAUAGUGUUGGGAGGAGUGGUGGUUUGGCCCUGUUGUGGAGGAAGAAUAACACAGCUAGACUGAUGAGUUUCUCAAGGAAUCAUGUGGACGUGGAGGUGAAUAUGAUAGGACUGGGUGUUUGGAGAAUGACUGGUUUCUAUGGCUUCCCGGAACGUGGAAGGAGGAACGCGUCAUGGGACCUGCUAAGAUCUCUUGCAGGUAGGUCUUCUCUUCUAUGGGUGGUUAUAGGAGAUUUUAAUGAUUUGUUAUUUCAGUCUGAAAAGCGUGGGGGUAUUCCGCAUCCUGAUAAUCUGCUCCGCGGUUUCGGGGAGGCAGUGGAGGAUUGUGGUUUAGCUCAGUUACCAAUGCGUGGUUAUCAAUUUACUUGGGAGAGGGGCAAGGGAACCACGGACUGGAUGGAGGAGAGAUUAUACAAGGUCCUCGCAGGAGUAGAGUGGACCAGCUUUCUACCUGGUGCUAAUGUUACUAACAUCCUUACCCGGAAUUCAGAUCAUUCGGCUCUCUUUUUGGGAGUUAAGGACGAGAGGCGGCCGUACCAACGUCUGCGCAGGUCGUUCAAGUUUGAGAUGGCUUGGGUGCAUGAUGAGGGGUGUAGAAAGCAGGUGGAGGAGGCAUGGCAAGAUGAGACUAACCAGUUGGGGGGUGACCAUCUCCAUAAGUUUGGCAAGAAGAUUAAGAAGUUGCGGUGUGAUCAGCUCCAUCUCAGGGGUCGGUUGGAUCCCCAAUCAUUAAGGGAAUACCAGCGUCUUGAGACUGAGUUGUGUCAGUUAGAGGCACAGGAGGAUGCAUUCUGGAGACAGAGAGCAAAGCAGCACUGGGUGAGGAAUGCAGAUGCCAACACCAAGUUCUUCCACAGGUAUGCUUCUGCUCGUAAAAAGAAGAAUACUCUAUCUAGAUUAAAGAAUGCAUUUGAUGUGUGGGUGGAAGGGGAUGAUUUGAAUGCUGUUGUGCUUGAUUAUUUUAAUGAUAUCUUUGCAUCGAAUCAUUCUUCUAUUUCUAUGGAUGGUUUUGCUGCAUCUAUUACUCCGCGUGUCACCCAUGAUCAAAAUGACUCCCUAUUACGACCGUUUGAGCCUGAUGAAGUAAAGGCGGCCCUGUUCUCUAUGUUCCGUGAUAAAGUUCCUGGGCCAGAUAGCAUGAACCCUGGGUUUUAUCAGCAUUAUUGGGAUGUGGUAGGAAGUGAUGUAUCGUCUUUUGUAAUCAAAUGUCUUAAUGAAUGUACCCUCCUUGAGGGACUCAAUGAUACAAAUGUAGUACUCAUUCCUAAGAAGGCCUCUCCAGAGAAGGUUUCUGAUCUCCGGCCUAUAGCCCUGUGCAACGUGGUUUAUAAAAUUAUGCCUAAAAUGGUGGCUAACCGGAUGAAACCACUAUUAGGAGAUGUGAUAUCUGAUUCUCAAAGUGCAUUUAUUCCUAAUAGGCUCAUAACGGAUAAUAUUCUUGUAGCAGCUGAGAGCUACGAUGCAGGAGGCGGGAGCUAUCAAGCGGUGCCUAACCACAAAUCCAGUGUGUGUUUCAGCAGGAAUACAUCAGAUGCUGACAGUCAUGAUGUUAUGGCAGUCCUGGAUGUUAUUCAAGCACCUAAUUUUGGCAAAUAUUUGGGACUACCAUCUUUUAUAGGGAGGGAGAAGAAGGCGGUUUUCUCAUAUAUUGAAGACAGAAUCAAACACAGGAUUGGUUCUUGGAGUAAAAGAAUGAUUUCUCAGGCAGGCAAAGAGGUACUCCUUAAAAGUGUGGCCCAGUCUAUGCCUACAUUUUCUAUGAGUGUUUUCUUACUUCCUGACUCAGUUUGUAUGUCUAUUGAGAGAGCCAUGAAUCGCUACUGGUGGGGCUCUGGGAAUGAUAGAGGUAUACACUGGAAGGCUUGGGAUUGUUUGUGUAUCCCCAAGAAGUAUGGAGGCUUGGGUUUUAAGGAUUUGAAGGCUUUCAAUCUGGCCAUGUUAGGCAAGCAGGCCUGGUGCUUCCUGACAAGACCUCAUUCAUUAGUAGCGAGAGUUUAUAAGGCCAGGUACUUCCCCAAAACUUCAUUUAUUGAUGCUACCUUGGGUAAUUGCCCGAGUUUCUGUUGGAGAAGUAUUAUGGCUGCGCAUGGGAUAGUCUACACUGGGCUUCGCCGAAGAGUGGGGAAUGGGGAAGCAACACUAAUAUGGGGUCACCCAUGGUUGCCUGAUGAUCCAACCUCGAUGAUGCACUCACCAAUGCCCCAUCAACUCAGUGGUUCUCUGGUCUCUGGGUUGAUUGAUCCAGUUUCUGGUACUUGGGACCAAUCCAUUCUUCAGGAUAUUUUUCUCCCUAGUGACGUGGAUCGCAUACUGAGGGUCCCUGUCUCACCGCAAUAUGAAGAUUCCUGGUUCUGGUUAGGAGACCCAAAAGGCUGCUACACGGUUAAAGAGGGGUAUAUGCGUGUUAUUGGAAAUUUUGAACAUACCCCGGUUACUUUUGAUAAUUGGUUACAUCUUUGGAAAGUUAAGUGCCUUGCGAAAUGGAAAACUUUUAUUUGGAGAGCCCUAACUAAUUCUCUUCCUACCACUACGAACUUGAUUAUAAAAAGGGUAGAGAUUGAUCCAUCAUGCCCAAUGUGUGGUGUUUUACAUGAAAAUACAAUGCACUCACUUGUUUUAUGUGAUUAUUCAAGGCUAGUAUGGAAUGAAUCCUCUUUGCAUGUUACUAGUAUGAGUGGUAAUGACUUUGGGGUGUGGUUUAGUAAUGUGAUUGCUAUGCUAACAGAAGACAAAAUUAUCUAUGCUGUUGAACUUUUAUACCAUAUUUGGAGAGCCAGAAACUCAGCAGUGUGGGAGGCUUGUUUGCCGCGACCUUCCCGUGUCUGGCAGUCUGCACGUGCAGCAACAGCAGCUUGGAAGGAGGUCCAUGUCUCGCCACAACCGUAG